AUGUCAGGGGUUCGCGAAGAAACUACCAGCAAUGGAAUCGACUUUAAUAGUGGUCCCUCUGUAUCCCAACCAAAUACUACCAGAACUACACCGGAUUCCGGCUUAGGCGAUGAUCGCAAUCAGCAGGAUAGAGCUCGUCAAAUUCCUCCAGGAUUUCAACAACAGCCCAAUCCACCGCCUGCCCAGCAGGGUAAUUUUUAUCCUCCCCUCCGGAUGCCACACCAACAAUUUUAUUAUUCUAACUCCGAUAACCAUUAUGACUACAAAAACAGUGGGCAUAAGGUUGGUCAUUUUGAUGCACCUGAGACUGGAAGAAUUUACGAACACCAACAUAUGGUUCAUCCAUCUAAUCCACGCGCAGUGGUUUACAGAUCCACCAUGAAUGGUCAGCCACCCCCGCCUUCAAUGCAUUACGAUGACAACUAUCACCAGAAUCAGAAUGGGCCUCCGAACAUGGGACCCAAUGCUGGCCCUGGACUCCUUGGAGGUCCUCCCGUCAACAUUAGCGGGAGAGUACCUUCCCAUGGUCUAGUUUAUCCACAACCACCUACCAUGCCCCAGAAUAUGCCAUGUCCAACAGGGCAGUAUGAGCAUCAUUAUGUGCACAACCAGCAAAUGCAACAUCCACCUGCUGGAGCAGUUUUAUCUUCAUCUUCUGCUGUUUCUUCUGGUUAUGAAAAUGAAGGACCAGUCAUGCAGAACACUGCACACGCGGGAACUCACCCAUACUAUUCACAAUAUCCUCAAAAUGUAAUAUCUAGCAAUGGUGUGAUGAUGUACCCCCCUCAAGCUCAAGUAAUGAUGAGCGCUCAAAACCCUGUUGGCGUGUUCAUGGCACCACCUCCUGUUCUUCCUCCUGCACCUGGCCAACCUGUCAUGAUGCUUCCCCAUCAACAGUACGUUGGAGACGGCACUUCUAACCCAACACAGCUGUACUUGGUUCAAGCUCAACAGCAGAUGCGUCAAUCACCGGGAAUGCCUCCAACUGUGGUUGUUAGACAACCAAAUGUUAGAGGAGAUCGAUCAGGCGAGAAUCAGAUGGAUGCCCUUCAUCAGAACGUAUCUCAGCCACCGCCGAGUAUGAUGACUGCUCCUCCAACACGAUUUGUACCUGUUCCUCAAUCUUACUACGUUAAUGACCAACAACCAAUGCCAUCAGUUUACCCUACCAGAAUGGCUUUACCACAAGGACAACAAUCAAAUUGGAUCCCAGCUCCUGGAGUUGUUUCCUAUAUGCCUUCAUCCUUCAUGCCUAAUCAUUACUCCAGAGGUGGUCGUUUCAAUCGUCCAGGACGAGGAGGGAACUCGAAUUACAACCGUGACGGCAAAGGAAAGUCAUAUUCUCGCCAAAGUUCGGUCUCUACUGAUCAUGGCAUUCAAAAAAGCGAUCAUGUUGAGCAACAGAAUAUCAUCAAUCUUCAGCAGCUGGCUUUAGAUGCUAGUUCAACGACCGGAACUGAGAAUGAGGAGCAGUUUUCCAACAAUCCAUCAAUGACCAUCAAAGAGGACGAGUCUAGCUCUUUACCCGAUGAACCAACACAGCCAUCUCCUAAACCAAUAGUUAAAGAGUUCACAAAGGAGAGACAAUGUUCUAUUGAAGAUCCGAGUCAGAAGCAAUCUGAAAACAAUAGUUCUCAGCAGAAGGACCUUUCUGAAUCUUCUAAGAAGGUUGAGGCUAUUAAGCAUUGCACUUAUUGCCGUAGUAAUGGGAAGCCCGAAACCGAAUAUACUGGACACACAUUGCGGGAAAAUGGAAAGGUGCGUUGUCCUGAUGCUUUGGUAAAUUUGGAGUGUGGAUACUGCCAUCUGAGAGGUGGGGUCGAAGCUCAUGCCACUCCCUUCUGUCCCAAAUUACAAGAGGAGAAUAAGCUCAAAAAGGAGAAUCUGAUGUAUAAGGAUGGCCCACCUCGGCAUACGAGAGAUCAGAUGAGACCUUAUCAAGGAAGCCAACAAUACGAACAUAGACAAUCUCAACAAUAUCCAGGAACGCGGGGAGGCCAAAACCGUCGCAAUUCUAGACCCUCAGGCCGCAAGGGUUACUAA